AUGAUGGAAGCAAACAGAACUGAGGUGACUGCAUUUGUACUCACAGGAAUAACGGGUCGUCCAGAGCUCCAAGUCCCCCUGUUCCUGCUGUUCUUGGUCAUUUACACCACCACCAUGGUGGGCAACCUUGGAUUAAUUUUUUUCAUCUGGAAGGACCCCCAACUUCACACCCCCAUGUACCUCUUCCUUGGGAGCCUAGCCUUUGCAGACGCCUGCACCUCAUCCUCUGUGACUCCCAGAAUGCUUGUCAACAUCCUGGACAGUGACAAAACGAUUUCCCUCUUUGAGUGCAUGGCACAGUAUUAUUUUUUUGGAGCCAGUGCAACUACAGAAUGUUUCCUGCUGGUCGUGAUGGCUUAUGACCGCUAUGUAGCCAUAUGCAACCCUUUGCUCUAUCUAGUGGUGAUGUCCAACAGACUGUGUGCUAUGUUGAUAAGUAUGUCAUAUGUGAUUGGUUUCCUACACCUUUUAAUUCAUGUAGGAUUGCUAUUCAGAUUAACGUUCUGUAAGUCAAACAUAAUAGAUCAUUUCUACUGUGAAAUCUUGCCACUAUACACAAUUUCUUGUACUGACCCAUCUAUUAAUGCAGCGAUAGUUUUCAUUUUUUCUGCUUUUAUACAAGCUAUUACUUUCAUGAGCAUCAUGGUCUCUUAUGCCCGUGUUCUCUUUGCCAUCCUGAAAAAGAAGUCUGAGAGGGGCAGAAGCAAAGCCUUGUCCACGUGCAGUGCCCAUCUCCUCUCCGUCUCUUUGUUCUAUGGCACUAUGUUCUUCAUGUAUGUGAGUCCUGGGUCUGGACCAGGUAAAUAUAAAAAUAAAAUGUACUCACUGUUUUACACUGUUGUUAUUCCUCUGCUAAACCCCUUUAUUUAUAGCCUAAGAAAUAAAGAAGUUAUAGGAGCAUUGAGAAAAAUGAUAAAACAAUAA